AUGACAGAGCUUGUGGCUCCAUUAUUUAGCGAGGGAGACCUAAUGAAGCAUCUGUUCGGACCCACUUACUGGGCCUGUAACUUUGAUGCCAUUGAUGGCUCUGACCCAGAACCUAGAGAACGGCUUAAUUUCCGAGUCCGGUUGCGCACUGCUCAAAGGUGCUGUGUUUUUGGGGUCUCGGUGAGGAAUUCGGGUCGGGGUGAGACAGGGAAAGCGUAUGCGGAUGUUAAGUCGGAGCGUUAUGAGAUAUUGGAGUCGGUUCCGGAAUCGGCGAACUUGGAGAAGGAUGCUUUGGACGAUGUCGUUCUGGAUACUACGGUUCCGUGGUGGGAAGAGUUCCCUAAACGCUGGGUGAUUGUGAUUCUUUGUUUCUCGGCUUUUCUUCUUUGCAAUAUGGAUAGAGUAAACAUGAGCAUUGCAAUACUUCCAAUGUCGGCCGAGAACAAUUGGAACCCGGCCACUGUCGGUUUGAUUCAGUCUUCUUUUUUCUGGGGCUACCUACUCACCCAGAUUGCUGGUGGAAUUUGGGCGGACACAGUGGGCGGGAAGAUGGUUUUGGGAUUUGGCGUCGUUUGGUGGUCCAUCGCUACUGCUCUUACACCUGUUGCUGCUAAAGUUGGAUUGCCCUUCCUACUCGUUGUUCGUGCUUUCAUGGGGAUUGGUGAGGGUGUUGCGAUGCCUGCCAUGAACAACAUUCUGUCCAAGUGGGUUCCUGUAUCAGAGAGGAGUAGAUCAUUAGCGCUUGUGUACAGUGGGAUGUACCUUGGAUCAGUCACUGGCCUGGCCUUUUCACCAUUCUUAAUACAUCAGCUUGGAUGGCCAUCGGUCUUUUACUCCUUUGGUUCUCUAGGAACAGUUUGGGUUGCUGCAUGGCUCAGUAAGGCACACAGUUCACCUCUCGACGAUCCUCAGCUGCGGCCUGAAGAAAAGAAGUUGAUUCUUGCAAACAGUAUUUCCAAGGAACCUGUUGAAACGAUCCCUUGGGGACUAAUUUUGUCGAAAGCCCCUGUAUGGGCUCUGAUAGUGUCUCACUUCUGUCACAACUGGGGUACAUUUAUUCUUCUGACAUGGAUGCCAACGUAUUAUAACCAAGUCUUGAAGUUCAAUCUUACAGAUUCUGGGCUUAUCUGUGUUUUACCCUGGCUUACAAUGGCAUUUUCUGCAAAUUUGGGAGGAUGGAUUGCAGACACCCUUGUGAGCAAAGGUUUAUCCAUAACAACGGUUCGCAAGAUCAUGCAAUCAAUUGGCUUUCUCGGCCCUGCCUUCUUCCUAACUCAGUUGAGCCAUGUUGAUUCUCCUGCAAUGGCUGUUCUCUGCAUGGCAUGCAGCCAGGGAACUGAUGCAUUUUCCCAGUCUGGUCUAUAUUCAAACCAUCAAGAUAUUGCUCCUCGGUAUUCUGGAGUGUUGCUUGGUCUAUCCAAUACAGCUGGAGUGUUGGCAGGGGUGUUUGGAACUGCAGCAACUGGAUACAUCUUGCAACAUGGUUCUUGGGAUGAUGUCUUUGAGGUUUCAGUUGGGCUCUACUUGGUUGGAACAGUGGUCUGGAACCUCUUUUCAACUGGUGACAGCUCAAUCCCAGUGAUUCCAGCGCCAAUAGAGAAGGUUCAGUUCCUUGAAUGGGAAAAAGUGAAAUUGAGAACGAGAUUAAAUGGAAGAACAACUAGACAAAUUUCAUAUGAGACUCUCGAGCUUGAAGAACUGGCAAAAUUUCUGAAAGCCAAAAACUGA